UGGCGCCGUGCGAGGCGGAAGCGCGCAGCCUCUGGGGUCUGCCCGUGUUGUGGGGCGCCGAGCCGGGCUGGGGCGCAGGCGGCGGCAUGUCAGACAACGAGGACAAUUUUGAUGGUGAUGACUUUGAUGAUGUGGAAGAGGAUGAGGGGCUCGAUGACUUGGAGAAUGCUGAGGAGGAGGGCCAGGAGAACGUUGAGAUCCUCCCCUCUGGAGAGCGCCCACAGGCCAACCAGAAGCGAAUCACCACACCCUACAUGACCAAAUACGAGCGAGCCCGUGUGCUGGGCACCCGAGCCCUGCAGAUCGCGAUGUGUGCCCCCGUGAUGGUGGAGCUGGAGGGGGAGACAGAUCCCUUGCUCAUCGCCAUGAAAGAGCUCAAGGCCCGAAAGAUCCCCAUCAUCAUCCGCCGCUACCUGCCGGACGGGAGCUAUGAGGACUGGGGGGUGGACGAGCUCAUCAUCACGGACUGAGCCGGACGCGCUCCUCACCUGCCCCGCCCCAGCUUCCUGUCUUUCUGCGUGUAAAUAAUAAACCCUUGAGCCCGAAGCCCUCUCCACGCCCUGCUCCCCGCGC